CUCCAACUGUGGGCAUUUGUGAGGUGUGUUGCCUUUGGCGUUCAGUUAUCACCUUUAUCAAAUGGGAAAAAUACUGCUGCUGUAUGUUUCAGUGGUAAAAAUUCUUCAGCUGCACACAAACUUCCGCUAGAAAUCUACUCAGUGGUUGUGGUGCUGCACGGGUAAGUCUGAGUGUGACAUUUUUCGGAAGUGGAUAGUAUGCCAAUAUGGUGGCCACCAGAAGAGGUGCACGCUCCGAUACGGAGGAGUCUGCAAAAGCCAGCGAGGUUACAUCGCAAAACAUCAGUUCAAGUCAGAAAAAAGCAAAGUCCCGAAAAAGCCUUAAAGAAUCUUCAUCUGAAGCAAGUAAUGAGUCUCCUCCUGCAGAUGAACCAGAAGUUUCAGAAGGAGAACAAGUGUCCGUUUCUUCAGAGGCUCCGAUUGAAGGGCAUCGGAGACUGACUAGAAGUAAAAGCAAACGCACUUAUUCAUCAUCUCAUGCUGCUGAAUUUCAUAGAGACGGUGACACAUCUGAGGCAGAAUCUGCUUCUUCUACCAUCUCUGAUGUUUUUCUCCCAAGCAUUAGGAGAGUGACCAGAAGCAGGCACAGUAGUGCUGCCUCUGGAAAGGAGCUGUGUGUAGAUUCCCAGAGUGAAACAGGAAAGCUGUCAUCUGUGUGUACUACUCAUGAGCUAGUCACACCUAGCAAGAAAGUACCAAAGAAAAGGCAAACUGAAGCUGAAGCAUUGCUGGAUACGUUUGUCACAACCGUCUUGGAAGCAGGACGUGAAGUCUGCUCCUCUGAUAGUAUCCCAGGAAGUCCAAGGGUAAGCAGAAGCAGAAUUACUAGAGGUGGCUCCCAGGCUGAACCCCCUGUGGAACAGCAAGCAGAAAGUAAAGCAUAUCCCAUCAGAACACCAGGAAAUAUUUCACAGUUGGCACUGGAACCCAGGCUUGAAAAUUCCAAAUCGACAGCUGCUUCUGCAGGUGUUCCUGCUACUCCAAAAUUGUCCAGAAUUCAAACCAGUAAAAUAGUGUCUCCCAUUACUGAAGAUGUUGAAGAAGGUUCAGAAGAGUCCAGUAAUGGGUCUGUUGCUCAAAACUCUAAAAGUUUGAUUGCUUCAAGUGCAAAAUGUAAGGUACCACUUAAAAAUCUUUCCGAACCUGUCGCAAAGGAACCCAAAGUAACCUCGUCUGUUUCUCUAGAAUCUUGUAGUCCCAAACAAACUGCAAGUAAACCAGGUAAGACUGGCUUUAAAAUGGAAUCCAAGCUACCUGUGGAAGUAGCAACAGUUGAGGUACAGGACCGUGAUAAACAGGUUGGAAAGACGGGCACCCUAAGUGUAGCAAAUUCCAUAACACAUGGCAACAAAGCUUUAGAAGUAGUUGAUGUCACAGAAAAUAUUACUGAAGUUCAGCCAAAAGCAUGUCUCAGCUUAAAAGAUUUUGCAAAAGGAACAUUCCAAAAACAGAAAAGAGGUAUAUUGUCUAUUAGUAGUAGCGAAGGUGAAGAUGAUAUAGUUUGUGACAGUGAUCAUGAUAACAGUGAUCAUGAUAAGAAUGAAGAAGUAUAUGUGCCUAAAAACUGUGAUGCCAAAUCUAACUCGAGUCUUCCACAGUGUGAGGCUAUGGAUACUGUUGGACUGUUUGUUAUUGACAAAGCACCAGGCCUGGACACAAGUAAAACAUACUACUUGGAGCGAAAAGAAAGGGUAGCGGAGCUAGCUGAAAAAAGUGGCCAUCAGGAGUCCAGUGAAGAUGAUGAUGAUGAGGAAGAGGAUAAGGAUGAGGAGUCAGAUGAUGAGGAUUACUUGUUAAAUAAGAAAUCUGGAGUGUACAAUAAGAAGAAAUUCAAGCAAAUUAUGGUUGAGAAAGCAGCUUUUGCAGCAGGCAAGAAAAAUCGUAUAAAGAAGAAAUUUCACAAAUAAUCAACGGAUGCAGCUCAUUUACUGGUUUUGACAGUGCGUAGGACUGAUCCUUGUGAAGUUUGUUUUGGCCCAUUUUUACAAGGGUGUAUUAAGAGACUGGUAUUAAUGUUCAGCUGUGCUGAAGGUCUUUCAGACCGAACAAGAUGUCAUAAAUUAUUUAAUCCCUUUUUGAUAAUACGAAUAAUGAACUGAAGUACAAAGUAGUCUUAUUUUCCCCCCAAGUUUACGAUGUCUAGAUUUGUGAAAUGGCUAAAAAGUAAUAAAACUUUACAGGUCCUUGAAAGGA